CGGCUUUCUAAAAAAAAUGGGCGCAGUCGACAUAGCUGGUUCCGGUGCAGUGCACCUUCUUGGAGGUAGUGCAGCCCUAGCCAGUGCCCUAAUGUUAGGUCCAAGGCUAGGUCGUUAUGAUCACGGACAAGGACCAUUACCUUUAGGAAACCCCGUUAAUGCUGUAAUGGGUCUUUUUGUUCUCUGGUGGGGCUGGUUGGCAUUCAAUUCAGGCAGCACGUAUGGAUUAAGCGGAGCUAAAUGGCACUAUGCUGCCCAAGCAGCAGUAACUACAAUGAUGUCUUCCUUUGGAGGUGGUACUGCUAGUAUUCUGUUUAGCAUGGCCAAACUUGGAGGUCGUAUUGAUGCUUUGGAUAUUAUCAAUGGGAUUUUAGGAUCGCUUGUGGCUGUUACUGCUGGAUGCUAUUUGUAUCAAGGAUGGGAAGCAUUGGUUAUUGGAGCAGUUGGGGCUGUUUUAGUGUGUAGUGCCAUGCCACUUAUUGAUUUGAUCAAAAUUGAUGAUCCUGUUGGUGCAAGUGCAGUGCAUGGCGUCGGAGGAAUAUGGGGCAUCAUUGCUGUAGGAAUAUUCGCUCAAAAUCCUCUACCAUUAAAUACUACAAGUGGUAGAAGUGGACUUGUCAAAGGUGGUGGUUGGUAUUUAUUAGGUGUUCAAAGCCUCACAGCAGUUUGCAUUAUAAUUUGGGGAGUUUCAACAACUAUAUUUUUGUUAUGGUUCAUAAACAAGAUUAUACCGAUUCGCAUGGACGUACACGAAGAACUUUUGGGGGCUGAUAUUACUGAGCAUCUUGUGCGACAUUCACGUGUCGGAGUAUCAAGAGCUUUAUCAGCAUUUCGCAAUGUUUGCGACAUGAAGAAAGCUGAAAAUUUGAAUCCAGUUGGUACGAAUCCGGGCCACGAAAAACAUUUGUUUAUUGUUAGGUGUCACAAUGAUCAAAGGACUAAUUUCAAAACUAAAGAGAGUCAAAAAGAAGAAGAAUGGUAAAAAAUCAUCUACAAGCAAUAAAGUUGUCGAUAGCCCGCCACCAAUACCUAAGAAUCUAGCUUGGAU